AUGAACAAAACAGCUUCACAAAAUGCCGUACAGCCUACACGGACAACGUUGGACAAGCACUGCACAGUUCAGUGCGCGUCAAAUUGCGUGGUUUCGUGUACGUUAAAUUGCGCGUUGAAUUGCAUGUUUAAUUGCACGUCGAGUUGUGUGGUGGGUUGCGCGUUAAAAUGCGCGAGUCGGCGCAUGUCAAAUUGCGCAGUGCGGUGCAGCCAAUGUUUUGCGAUUUGCGCGUUAAAUCGUGGUGCAGUGCGGUGCGGUGCGGUAAACGGUCCCGAACGAAAAAACAAAAAGAAACUCAUGCACCGGGAUCGAGCCGGCGACCGCGGUUCCCACUCAGUGUCGAGGCUAGCGCACACCACAAGAAGUGAGCGCCGAUGCUCCGGGGCGCAUUGCGCGGGUCCAGGUGUGGUGCGUGCGGUGCGGCGCGGACACCGAAGCGGUGCACGGCGAUGCUCGGGGGCGCAUUGCACGGGCCCAGGCGUGGAGCAGUGCAGUCCGGGACGACGCGGUGUGCGGUGCACGGUCCAGAACGAAAAGAAAUGA